AUGGCAGAAGCUUCUCUUACCUUUCCCAUGAUAUGCCUGACCUUCUCAUUCCUUUUUGUGGUUGCCGUCUACAAUGCCUCGAUUAUGCAGAACCUCGGUGCCUUCCACAAUCGCAUUAUCCUCCCCAUGUACCAACACAUUGCGCGCAAGCUCCUCAACCGUAAUCCCAUCGACCAAAAUCUGCCAAACCGCAUGCCCGAGGCAGGGUAUGAGGUACUCAACCUCGAUACCAAAGACGAAGAAGAACAAAGUCCUUCACCCCUCGCGACUUCAUCCAUGCCAACGCCUGACUACCAUCGACACGACGAAGACCCUGCUCCCGACACACCGAACACGCUUCCAGACAGCGGUAGCGAGACAGAAAUGGAUAGCCUCAAUAGAACCACCAGCUAUGCUGGAGGCCCAUACCGUCCGCGACGCUGGUCCGUCUUUGCGGAUAUGGCUGGGAUCUCUACCCACAGCCCUUCACACAGUCCUUCUGGAUCUGUAGUGUCCUCUGACGAGUAUGACUCUGAAUGGUCCAACUCCGCUCUCGACGAGGCUGUCUUCGAGCCACGCAACCUAACUGAUGAUAUCCCCAUCUGGGAACUCGAAUUCGAGCGACCUAUUUACAACGUUGAUAACGAGCACGAGCAAGGAGGACCGACGGUGUGGAUAGAUGAGGUUGUUGAGUGGACAUCUCAGGGAAUCUUCGCUUUUGUUUCUCCCGAUAUCAUGGAACAACGGAGAUGA